UUCAAGAAUUGUAUCCCACAUCCCACCCCGAUAUAAAUUUGAUUAUCGUUGACUGGUUGAGUUAACCGGUGAAAAAGGAACACGACACGUUUUGUUAAAUAUUUUCGGUUUAAUUGUUUAUUCUUACGUCACUGAAUAUCCUCAGUUCUCAGUUUGAGUAGUCUGUUAUAUUUUGUAAACUUCUUUCAUGGAAACGUCUACAAUGGCUAACGAUGAAUAUGGAAGCGCAGUUGAGAGGGCCAACAAGUUGUUUGUUUCUAAUUCAGUCAUUCCCGAAAUGAAUUCAAUAAAAGUUGAACCACGAGAAGAUGAGAUGUGUGAUAAAUGUGAAAUGAUUGAUAUAGGUUCCAUUUCUAAGGCAUACUCAUUGGAUUACAAGAAUGAUACCAAUUUCAGUGGUGAACAGAAAAAUAUAAAAGUCGAUGAGGAAAUCGACAUUGUCUAUGAAAAUCUCAAAUCUGAAAAUGAGUUCGAGAGGACAGGAAAUGUUUGCAGGCGAUGUUUUGAGCCUGAAUGUUGUCUGCCUACAAGUGAUAUUCAAGAUACUAAAUUAAUGCUACCAGAAGAUGAAAUAAUCAUAAAGAAAGAAGAGGACAUGAGUUAUGAAACAUUGCCAACUGUGCCAUUUCAAAACAAGUUUUCAUCUGAUUCUGGGAAAACUCUAGUUCAUAGUAAAAUAUGCACCAAUUCUAAACAAAUAAGUCGUUUGAAAAAUUAUGAAGGAAACGAUUUGAAAGUUCACGAAACAAGUCAUGUUAGAGAAACUGCAUUUCAGUGUAAGAUCUGUUCAAAGUAUUUCACUCGAGGUAGUGAUUUGAAAGUUCACUUGAGAAUUCACACUGGAGAAAAAUCAUUUCAAUGUAAAAUUUGUUCAAAAUCUUUCACUCGUAGAAGUCAUUCAAACAUUCAUAAAAGGAGUCACACUGGAGAAAAACCAUUCCACUGUAAAAUCUGUCCAAAAUCUUUCACUCAAAGUGGUCAUUUAAUAAUUCACCAAAGGAGUCAUACAGGAGAAAAACCAUUUCAGUGUGAAAUCUGUUCAAAAUCUUUCACUCAAAGUGGUCAUUUGAAAAUUCACCAAAGGAGUCAUACCGAAGAUAAACCCUUUCAGUGUAAUAUCUGUUCAAAAUCGUUCACUGAUAAAAUUCAUUUAUGCUUUCAUGAAAGAAGUCACACUGGUGAAAAACCAUUUCAGUGUAAAAUAUGUUCAAAAUCGUUCGCUCAGAGUGCAUAUUUAAAAGUUCAUGAAAAAAUUCAUAAUGAAAAAAAACCAUUUCAAUGCAAACUCUGUUCAAAAUCAUUCACUUUGAGUUAUAAUCUGAAACUCCAUGAAAAGAGCCAUACUGGAGAAAAACCAUUUCAAUGUAAAGUCUGUUUAAAAUCUUUCACUUUGAGUAGAAAUUUCAGAGUUCACGAAAAAAUUCAUAGUGGAGAAAACAGUUUUCAAUGUAAGAUCUGUUUGAAACCUUUCACUCACAAAAGUCGUUUGAACAUUCAUGAAAGGAGUCAUACUGGAGAAAAACCAUUUCAGUGUAAAACAUGUUCAAAAUCUUUCACUCAAAUGGGUCACUUAAAAAUACACCAGAGGAGUCAUACAGGAGAAAAACCAUUCCAGUGUGAAAUCUGUUCAAAAUCUUUCACUCAAAGUGGUCAUUUAACAGUUCAUCAGAGGAGUCAUACAGGAGAAAAACCAUUUCAGUGUAAUAUCUGUUCAAAGUCAUUCACUGAUAGAAGUCAUUUAAAUUUUCAUGAAAGGAAUCACAGUGGAGAAAAACCUUUUCAUUGUAAAAUUUGUUCAAAAUCUUUCACCCAUAAUAGUUAUUUGAAAAUUCAUGAAAAAAUUCAUAAUGAAGAAAAACCAUUUCAAUGUAAAAUGUGUUCAAAAUCUUUUACUAUGAAAUGUAAUCUAAAAGUUCAUGAAAAGGGCCAUAAUGAAGAAAAACCAUUUCAGUGUGAAAUCUGUUUGAAAUCUUUCAUUUCGAAUAGAGAUUUUAGAGUUCACGAACGGAUUCAUACUGGAGAAAAACCAUUUCAAUGUAAAAUCUGUUCGAAGUCUUUCGUUCAAAGUAGCAAUUUGAAAGUUCACGAAAGACGUCACACUCGAGAAAACUCCACUCUUUGUAAUGAAAUUCAAACAUGACAUUCAGGAAAACACUUCUUAACUAUUUGACAUUGGAAAAAAAGCAUCUGCUCCUUUGUCUCUGUUGUUCAGAACCUUUAUGGAUUUCAACAUUUAUUUUUAUGAAAUUUUAUUCAUUGUAGUUAUUUCGUUUAUUAAAAAAAAUAGCAAAUCAGACAUCUCUGUAAGUUCAGGCUCAUUUCAUGCUACUCUUCUACUUUUAUUUUUUUAAGUUGAUGGGAUUUGCAAGCUUAAGGUGAAAAAGGGGAGCCAUCCAUUUUCAUGCAAAUGUAGUGGAGAAUUCGACCUUCUCUAUCACUAUCACAUUUGAUUCAAAAUAAGAUUCAAUGGAAAAUCUUCACAAGAACAUAUUUUGGUGAAAUUCUCGGAAAUAACACUUGUUAGUAAAAUGACAUGGGAUUCAGUCGAAAUCGGUUAUUAGGAAAUUGAAGAGACCAUUGAUAUUCGCUUUAAUAACUGAUGACAUUUUCAAUGUAUUAAAUAGCAAAAUCCUGACUGGUAGGCCUUGGUGAAAUGAGACAUGAAGUACCAAACGUUUCGUCUGCUACUUCAGCAGCCAUUAUCAGAGGUAUGUGCAUUGACUCAGGACAAAAGUUAUAUCUCGAAAUCUCAGAAAAGACUAAGUCGUUGAUGAGAGGGUUAAUGAGUUAAGAUAUUUUCUAACAGUGAUCAAGAUUCAUUUGAAGAUGAAUAAAAAAAGGAAAUUUGCGAAUUCAGUGAAUUUUCUAAUUGUUUAUUUGUGUAAAUCGCUCCACCAAAUUUCUUUUGUCUCCAUUUCUCCCUAUAUGGGAUAUGAAUAAUCAAAGCACCCAAUGUCUUACAAAAUGAAUACUAUAUUUUAUUGUUUCACUUUGAACAAAAAAAAUUAAAA